AUGGAGACAGCUUCUCCGUAUAAGUUUGCGUCUUUUACUGAGGAAAAGGAAAGCACCGGCCGAGCACGUGUGGCUGAGAUUGGCCCCAAUCUUGAGGGCCAACGGGAACGGGGACACUGGUUGGAACAACGCCAGGAUUCAAAAGGGAUAACCAUCCCUCGUGAGGAUGCCUUAGUUAUCUAUGUAGCUAUCUAUAAUAAGCCAACACAAAAAAUCACGAUGGAUGAUGAGAGUGUUGCAAACAUCCUAUCACAAAAGGCUUUUAACAUCAUGAAAGGAGACUUUUUCGUGCUCCAUCUAUAA